CCUACAAUAUCAAGCGCCCAGCCCGGCUCUCAGAAACAUGCGUUGAAAGAUUCCCAUAGGGUUCGUGUCAAGAGCCUGAGCAGUAUGGCCCGAGUUGUCAGAAGGGCCGCGUCGGCUUCGGCCAGGCGCGCUCCUAGUCGGGCCGUUCAGAGGAGAGCACGCAAGCACAAGGUGAUCAUGGAGUCUGUCACCCAGGAGAAGAAGAAACUCCGAACUGUGAUUUCUUUCGAAGCUCGAGCGCCCAGUGGUUACACCUUCAUACCAGCAGGGAAUCCACUUCUCACCACCACAUGUAAGGAGAAAUGCCGAAAAGAAGGUCUCCAGAUACAUGCGGUCUCGACAACUCCGCAUGCAAACACGCACAACCUAUCGCAACACGUCCAUCGAAUAGGGUUUCACUUUCCGAGUACAGUGGUUGCAGCCGCCUGCUCAGAACUGGGUUUGUAUCUCACAAGUACAGGGAAAGCGGUGCCUGUUCACACCCUUGGCAAUCUGGACCAUCCCCCACAAACGGACUCCGAGGCUUCCCAACUCACCAUCAACACGGAGGCGAGAGAUGCGAUUAAAGAUUUGUUCCCGAAUAUUCCUCAAAGUGAUUUAUUCCAGAUCAUCAAAACCGCUUUUCAGAAGGGUCAACAGAAAGUCGGCACGGCACCUGGUUUACCCUUGGCGCGCCGAGCGCAAUUAGCCGUGGUUGCGCAUAUUCGACAUCUCUACACUGACUAUGAUCGUCUUUUGAAGCAGAAGUCUUUUCACGAAGCAAGGGCAGCGGUCGAGCAGACUACUCUGAAAAAAGUCAUCCAAUGGCGCGGGGAUGAUGAAAAUGGCCAAACCGUUCUGGAGGAUGUUUUCCGUGAAGUGAUCGUCAUUUCCGAUGAUGACGAUAGUGAGACGGAAGAAGAGAUGGUAUCCGCUACGAACACUCGAGAUCAGAGUGUGGAAUAUCUAUCCAAUAAUGCCCGGUUCCAGGACGUUCAAACCCAACCGGUCAAUAUCGGAAUUCCUUCCAGUGAAGAGCUUGCAAAAGAGCUGGCUGAAGAGGCACCCCCCGGAUAUCGUUUUGUGGCCAGGGUGCCAGCCAAAAAGACCAUCGACCGUCGAGGUUUCAGCAGGUAUCAAGCGUGGAACCUGGCUUUGCAUCGUUUCCGCGCCGAGGCACAGGGUGCCGAACAGGCCCGUCUCGGCAAAGGCCCGCCAGAGCAGCAAAGCCCACGCAAUGCGAAGCGAUGUGCUGAUGUGCAAGAAUCAUCAAACCCACUUUCGCGAUGGGACAUCGCUCCCAAUUCCGUGGGAUUUGUCUCCAGAGCCGAUCCAGGUCCCAUGCAGGCCAACCGCCCAGCACAACAAAUACCUAGCGUUCCAUCAGCGGAUAGCCCGAGCGACAAGAUUCAUGUAGGUAUACAGGAAAGACAACUACCUUUGGAAAGCCAGCGAGUGUAUUCUCAAUAUGGGUCUGGUGGAAGGCCUCUCUCACUAACCGCCCCGGGGCCAUCUGACAUCCGUCUUAUGGAGAGGAACCCUCGCACAUGCGGGAACACCGUCUACUCUCAGAGCACUUCUCAUGCAGGAGCGGAUCCCGGACUUCGAGCUAAUAGGUUUCCUGACCCGUCCAAUACCAGAGCGAAUGCGCCAGUCUUUGUUAGCGGACCCAAAGAGCUUCAACCGAUUAGCGAGACCCAAGUUGGAUCCCGACCCGGUCUCCCUGUUUCUUACUUAUCCAGAUCAGGAGCCAUUCCACAAGACCAUGCUUUACCAUCGAUCGAAACCCCCCUGCCUCUGGAAAAGCGGCUUGUGGAUGGUCGACUAGAGCAGAUGACGAAGAGGAUGUCGCUUCGUUCUGUUACCCCGGUCCACCACCUCCAGGGGGAUUCCUCUCAUCAUAGAAAUACUGGGCCACCGGAUGGUCUCGAUGAUUCAAUUGCCAAGAGAAGGCGCAUAGCGCAUUAUGCCCAUCGUCCAGACUCGCGCCCCGAUACCUGGAAUAUACUGCCGAACGGAAUUCCAGUCUCUCAAGGGUUGAGCCCAAGAGGUCAAUAUCGCCGUGAGGAGAUCGUCCCAGAAAACCGCUCGCAGGAUCUACCUUAUUCUCGACGAUACUAUCUCCCGCAGACGGAGCAGCCUCUGGCUGUAGCAUUCCCACCAGAAAAGAUACCGUUGCCUCUUGCCGCUGCUCAAGUCAUCCAGGAUGGGAGACCACCAAGGGAACGGAUGCGUAUCAUAGAUCCUCAUCAGCAGGCCACAAAAAAUCGCCCUCCCCCAGUUCCUGGACCAAAUGGUAGCUAUGCUGCAGGCGAUCGCACAAUCCGGGUUGUACAGGAAGCGUCCUGCCCUGAAAUUCGUCCCAUCUACUAUUCUGAUCGUAGCUCCCGCCUGGACCGAGCCCAACCCUCAACGCUUGAAGAGCCAUACGACCCUAUUUGGAAGCCCUAUACUGAUCGGGAUCAUAUCUUUCAUGAGGUUCCUCCUGCGGCAAGCAGUAUGCGGAUGGUUUCGUUCGUCACGUUGAUACCCGCGAGCCGGGUUCAUGAUCCCCGAUCGUUUCAAGUAACGGAACAAAACCGCCCAAUUUACGUUCAGCGAGUUGAAGAGCAACCGCAACAACAGACUGUUCCGGACGGACGACAUGUGGUCAUUGUGGAUUGA